CAACGAAUGUCUGACAAGUCCCUGUCACCCACAGGCUGUUUGUACGAAUAUCCCUGGAAACUUCUUAUGUACUUGCAAUACAGGAUACAGUGGGAAUGGAAUUGACUGUGUUGGUAAGACUUUGUUUCGUUCAAUUGCUCCGGCCAAAGUCGAGGGUAAACUCUGUGUGCCACCCUGUCAAGUAAGGAUGAUUCCAGCACCCUCGCUUGCACUUGAAAAUCACAUUAUGAAUAAACGUUCGACAUUUUGUUUGUGGAAUGUUUUGAAUUCAAUCAAACCCCUGAUUAAAAAGAUUCGUUUGUACGGAUUUUAGUGCAUGGUGUAAGUUUGAUGUGAUGGAGUAAAUACUCGUCGGUGAAAGUGGAUUUUAAAUACUGUCUGAAUUGUAGUUGCAUUUUGCUCCAUGUGUUGGGAGCAGCCAAUUUACACAUCAUACUUAACACAUGCAGACUUCUGCUUUCUGAUUUCCUGCAAUAUAUCCCUCUAAUGCUUUGUAAGGAAAUAAUAAUGGAUAAACUAUUUGCCUGCUCGACCCAUUCAGCCGUUGUAGCGCUUCACGGUGACGAUCUUGAAUCCCAACUCGUUACAGUCCUGGCAUUUGCAAUAUUUUUCACGGCAGUGGGAGCCAACUCGCGCGAAAUUACUACCCUCACUAAGUGCUCUCCACAUGCACGGGGAAAAAACUACUCAAGGAAAUGUGUUGAUACAGGUAUUGUACGGUUUCAACACAUUUGCUUAUCCAAGAAAUUCUCAGAAAGAUAAUUGGGAGUGAUAUAGCCAUGAUUUAAUGUAUGUGAGAGUGAAAUUCUUAAUUUUUUAUGUUGGCCAGGUGGUUAUGUUUUCUUCUGUGUUUCUGUGGCUGUGUGUAUGUUAUAUAUCAGCUCGAUAGCUUCAAAUGUAUCAAACAUACUGAUGCGAAAAUUUGACGGACUAAUUGGCCUUGCCCAUUGUAAGGAUUGAUUAAACCCUGGGUUAAGUUUGAAUGAACAUUGGGUGGGAAAUUAGCAAGAGUUAAGUUCGUCUUCUUUUGCUGGAUAUAGUAGACGACUUGCGUAAUUAGCCUGUUGUGUUAUUUAUGCGUGAUAUAUAACUUAAUUCCUGGCAGAGGCUAUGAAUCAAAGUCUCCGAAGUCCUCUCUUUUUUACAUUAAUUUUAAUCUAAUUUAGUUCCUCCAUGUGCCAGUGAUCCAUGCAUGAAUGGUGGAAAUUGUUCAGAUAGUGGAUCAUCAUUCUUUUGCUCAUGCCCGGAUCGAUAUACCGGUGACCGCUGCCAAAUUGAUGGUAAAUAUUAUUUCCAAAAACGUACUGAAUCUAUUUUUUCUUUCCCAUUUUUAUUCCAGAAAGAAUUUUGUGGAAUUGAGGUUUCUUUCAUCACUAACAGUGCCCGCUCUUGUUAAAUUUGAAACUAUCCUCGACACUUUUUUCUUGUGCAUUUGGAUGGUCAGCAAAAAAAGCCCUGGUGGUCAUGUCGCUGAGCAUUCAUAACAUGACAUUGUGGGCUUAGUCAUUUUUCUUGUGCCUUUAACCUUAAUAUCGAAAUUUUAUCAAUGAAUCAAAAACUUUGUCAACAAUAUCUUGAAUAAUUUAGCAGUUUUCCUCAUUAAUAUUCGGUGCGCAUGUUCAGUUCAGAUGAGCUAGCUCAUUUUAGCCCUCAGUUUGUGGCCGCAAUUUCUGAUUGUGUGUGGUUUACUACUUUCGUUAACACUGCUUUGCACGAUUUGCUUCGAUUCCUUAAAUUAUAAACCGGUCAUGCUUAAAUGCAGCGUUCUAAAAUUUAGAAUGUACUCUUAAACCAUAUCCGUACCUAUGUCUUGAAAUUUUCGUCCAGGCAACAUAAUGACAAGGGAUAUAGUUAUACACCUCUAAAACAUGUAUGACAAUUUUUGGAAUGGAAAUUAUAAAUGAUAUUCUUAAUUAGCAAUAAUACAACUUUGCGAGUUUUUACUAUUCAACAGAAACGCCACCAGAAUCUGACACAGAGAUAACAGUGUUUGGCGCAUCGGGAGAUCAGGCGACAAUUCCAAUUGAAGAAACUGUCACAUUUGCAGUUGUUUUAGUAAUUGCCGAACAAUUCGUCCCCGAUCUGCAGAACAAGCGAAGUCAGGUUUUCAGAAAUAUGAGAAGUAGAUUCCUUGUAUUCUUGAUUCCAAUAUACCGAAAUAGUCGUGGUUUUAUUGGCAUUAAGUUCAAUUCAUUUUCCCCAGGAAGUAUUGUUGCAGAUAUUAACAUAUUAUAUAAUUCCACCGAACCAAUUCCGACUGCUGAGGAAGUUCAAUCACCACUCGUUGAAGCAAGAGAUAAUGGAUCGGCGCCGUUUACUGUUAAAAGUUUACAAGUUGCGAAAAAGGGUGAGUUACAAGGUAGAAAUAUAACAUACAUAGGUAGAAAUAUAAAGCCCACAUUCUUUUAAUGCCAAUAAACUGUUAUAUCAUCCAAAGAAGACCACCUGUUUCAUCAGUAAAAGCAUAAAUUGAAAUCCUUCACAAUAUAAGUACAACAUGGGAACGGCUAAAGGGAGAAUUAUAUCCGAGAGUUAAGAUUUUGGAAAGUUAAGUUUGAGUCGUGCCACCGUUCCUAACGACCACACCAAAUUUCUUAACCCUCCCGAUGAUUUCUUUCAACUACCAGAGAGAGUUAAAAUUGGCGUAAGUUUCUACCUUCAAAACUUAAAAAUUUUAACAUACUUGUAACUCUCUGUUGCUACGGUUUUGAAGAUUUGUUAUCCUGCAUAUUAUUAUAAUUUGUGAAAGUUCUCUGGAUCAAUAAUAACCAGCACAGUUGUAGUUGAAUAACAAUCGGUUUAUGUCGCUGUCCAUUUUGUAAUGAUAUGUAAUAUAAUUAUAAUAAUUUAAUAAUUUAUAAAGCGCUUUUUACAUAUAAUGAUCAAAAGCGUUCCAACCACAUCCAUCGCCCAUUGCGAACUAUUCACGCUCUAUUUUAGGUGUGGCGCCAAGAUAAUAAUAUUCACAGCUUUAAUCUUUGCAACGUCUUUCGCACCUUCGCCAUGUGUAGUUCCUGCUUAUAUCAAGUACCUCAUAUAAAGGCUAUCUAAUUUGGUAAAUCACAUUGCAUAAAUUCCACAUUUUCUUCGCAAAAGCUUUGUUUUAUAUUUAACCAUUUUUAAACAUCGAAAUUUUAUCAAUGAAUCAAAAAUUAUACCCACUAUCUUGAAUAAUUCGUCAGCAGUUUUCUUCAUUAAUUCCACUCGACUAACAUUCGCAAUAUUUUGUUGAGCAGUGUGAGGCUAACCCAUGAAUCUUAACCACAUGCCCGUCAUCAGUGAUGGACUUGUCAAUACACUAGCUCUCCUGUUUCCCAGAUGUAAUAACCGAGCGGAAUUAGUGCCUGGGCUACGCGCUCUACUCGUACUCGGGCAGACUAAACGGCUACGUGAUUGGACCAUUGUACCAUUUAUUUGUGAUAUAUAACUUAAUUUCCUGGUGGGGGCAAUGAAUUAAAAUCUACGAGUAGCGUCUGGUUAAAAUGAAUUUUAACAUUUUCAAUUUUAACGUAAUUUAGUUCCUCCAUGUGCCAAUAACCCAUGCAUGAACGGUGGAAAAUGUUCAGAAAAUGGAACAUCAUUCUCUUGCCUAUGCCCGGAUGGAUAUACUGGUCGGCUCUGCGAAAUACCAAGUAAGUAUUAUUUUCAAAAACGUGCUAGAUGUAUUUUUUCUCUUUCUCAUUUAUAUUCCGGAACGAAUUUUGUUGAAUUGAGUUUUAUGUUUUUGUGAAAUUGAGUUUCGGAGCUUUGGUGGUGCAGUGUUCGUAGCAAGCGCCUUUCACCUCUGAGUGAGUUCGUGGGUUGGAUUCUCGCUACGGACUCACGUGAAAAGUCAGUCAACGUCCUGCCGAAAGUCGUGGGUUUUCUCCGGGCGCUCCAGUGUUUUUUGCUUACGUGUAUGGAUGGCGAGCAAAAAAUUGCUGCUUUCGGCAGAUUAAUAUGACGCAAUCACUCUAUGAAAUUUGGGGUGUUUGGUAUAAUAAUUUUGAUGAUUUACUUCAAUAUAUUUCCUCUGGUCUUUAUGUCGUAGUUGUUCGUGUCAUAGGUCUUAAUAUAACUAAUAGUUUCUAAAGUAAACAUAUGCUUGUUGCUUGAGUAUUUCUGUAAUUGUUUCUGAUAUUCUAGGUAUAACGCAGUAUUGGCUGUUUUUUUUAUAGUAUUUUAAUCACUUUAUUUAAACCAACCACAUUUAAUAUGUUUCAGCUUCAAACAAUUGGCAUAUGUUUAUUUUAGUUGUAGUCAUCGUAACAAUAAUUUUUGUAAUUUAAUAAAUUUUGUAAAAAGGUAGAGUGCCUCGCAUGGGACUUCGAGUCCCGUUUGCACUCGUGCCGUUUGGUAUGUCUUGUUUUACUGUCCAAUAAAGUUUACAAUAUAAUAUAAUACUCCUUUGUAAGGAAUAAAGAAGAUAUAAACUCUUUCCCUGCUCGUCCCAUUAAGCGAUUUUAGUGUUUUAGGUUGGUGAUUUUCAAUCCCGACUCAUUCCACUCCUGACAUUCGCCAUAUUUUGUUGAGCAUGCAGGGCAGGUUAACCCAUGAAUUUUAGCCAUGCGCAUGCCAUUACUGAUGGAUUUGGAAAUCCCCUAGCUCUCCUUGUUCACGGAUGUAAAUAGCCGAGCGAAAUUAGUACCCACGAUACGCGCUCUGCACGUCCCCGGUGAUAAAAAUGCUCAAGAAAUGUCUGGUAGACUACAGGCAUUAUGCAGUUUCAACACCUUUACUUAACCAAGAAACUCUCAGAAAGACACUCGGGAUUGAUGUGAUGAUGACGUAAUGCAUGUGGGAGUGAAAUUCCUAAACAUUUAUUACCUCCGCCAGAAAGUUAAGUCUUCCUUUUCGUUUGUAUUUGUCCAUACACUGCAUGCGAGUUUGUCUGUCAGCUCAAUAACAAAAAUUUGACGGACUAAUGGACAUUACAAUUGCGAUUACAGUCUUUAUCAUUACUUCCAUUAUGUUACUGGCAUGAGUUUUUGGAUUUGGUUUUUUUCUUUAAAAUGGUGAACAAUCUGGUAAUAAUAGAACCUUCUGUAGUACCAAAAACUCGAAGCUCCAGACCGUCUAUAAACACGGACAUACCUAAGUUUGUCAUUCCCAGGAGCAAAACGACGCAUCAACGCCCGUUUCUAAUUCGAACAACCAGGGUGUGGAACAGCCUAGCUGACGGACUGAAACUUAACAUGAUAAAUUUGAACUCAUUUAAAUCUAUUAUUCUAAGUUAUUACUUCCGUGCUUUGGAAAUUUCCCACGAUCCUGAAAAUCCAAGAACAUUCAAAACUAUAUGUACCAAAUGUAAUACCGCUCGAAUUCUGGUUCAGCCUCUUAAGUGCUGCUAUUAGUUAUAGUUUUAUUUAUUUAUUUAUGUUUCUAUGUCCUAAUUCGGGCCCGCAGUAAUUGGCUCACGCUGUUGCGGUCACCCUGCCUAUAGUCAUGUAUAUUAUUCUUGUUAUAUAGUUUUGUGUAUUGUAAUAUGGCGAAACUAAUAAAUAAAUAAAUAAAUAAAUUACCCAUUGUACGGAUUGAUGGGUUAAGUUUGGAUCAACACUGGACCAGAAAUUAGCAAAAGUUAAGUUUAAUUGUCUUCCUUCGGUGGUAAUUGUAAAAGCCUUCAGUAGUUUGCCCAUUUUGUUAUUUAUGCGUGUUAUAUAAUUCAUAAUUUGCUGGCAGAGGCUAUGAAUCGAAGUCUCCGUGUCCCCUAGUUUACAUGGAUCUUAACAUUUUUAUUUAAUUUAGUUCCUCCAUGUGCCAGUGCUCCAUGCGCGAAUGGUGGAAAUUGUUCAGAAAGUGGAAGAUCAUUCUCUUGCCUAUGCCCGGAUGGAUAUACCGAUGACCGCUGUGAAAUUGGUAAAUAUUAUUUUCAAAAACGUACCUGAUGUGUGUUUAUCUCUUUCCCAUCUUUAUUCCGGAAAUAAUUUUGAGGAGAUUUAUUUCAUCACCAACAGUGCAAGCUCUUGUUAAAUUGAAAAUAUCCACGAGAAUUGCUGGAGCAAUACUGCAUCGAGUCUCCAUACCAAUCUGGUAUCCAGUGCCUUUUGCUUGUGCAGUUAGAUGGUCGGCAAAAAAGCCCCGUGCUUGGUUGUUUACACGACUAUAAGAUAAAAUAUAGCAACAUUUGCCUGUGACAUCGCUGACCUUGAAACACAAUCAUUGCCUAGUUUGGUCGUUAUUCGCUAUUUUUAGAAAACACCAAAAGUGGCUUUGCACAAAAAUGAAAAUUUAAAACACAAUUUUGAAUUGAUAUGGCUCAAGAUUGGAAAGUUUUUUAUGACAUAACAAUGUGUCAAACAAUUUGACUGAUAUCUUGCUCGACUGGUCCCUAUUAGCAUAUUGCACGGAUGCUAUAUGACUUUGCAGGUUCAUAUCUUCGCUUCGGUGCAUGGCACUGCAUGCUGUAAAGAAAAAAACACUACCGUUUGAUUCGAUGAAACAAUAUCAUUUCUAUGAUGUUGACAUUGGACUAAAACUAUCGUUAGCGAUUUAUGACCUUUGAGAGUUCAAGCGAUAUCAUAUUUCAUUAUACUACUAGCCAUACCUGUCGCCGAACAUACCUUCGGCCACUUCGGACAUAUCUUUUUUGUAAUACUCUUGUUUGAAUCAGCAUCCAAAACACUAUUUAGAGUGUUAUUUUCAAGCUUGUAUCUUCAUAUAGUUCUCUUUUAUUUCGGUAUUGCAGAAAAUUUAUGUUCUUAGCGCGUCUCUUGAAUCGGAAAUACAACUUGAAUCAUCAAAAACAAUGCGACGUUUGCACCAUAGGAGUCUGGAAACACCAGAAAUCGCUUCUACAGGUACUCCCUUUGGCAUGCUUUGCACUUGUAUCGGGCUAUUGAUCCUCCUUACAAACGCAAGAAUCUAACAUCUUGUAACAAGUCUACCGACAAGCCGUCAAUGGAUGUUUGGAACAACUUGUUGACAACUUGUAACAACCUUGUCGAAAUGGUCAGAUUUGUUGCAAGGUUGUUCUGACAGGUCCGUUACAUGCUUGAUAUAACAAGAUUGUUACAACCUUGUGUUGACAACCUUGUAACAUCCUUGUUAAAUCAUGGCUGAAACAAACUUAUCAGCACAGUCUUAUAACAAGCUUGCUGGAAGUUGUUAACAGCUUGUUCCAAACUUGUUACAACAACUGGGAACAAGCAGAGCGAACACAACUUGUUGACAGCUUGUGAACAGAUUUGUAACAACUUUGUUUGCAGACCUGUAACAACUUGUGCGUUUUUACGUGUGUAUAUGACCAAGCAUACACGUGGUGCGCGCGUGCACUGUGAUUUCAUGAAUGAUUAAUUUUAUGCGUGAUUGAUUACUCACACACUCUUUACAAGAAGUUGAAAAAUUAUCCGUGGAAAUUUUUUUGUCGCGAGGAGGACGUAACGAACAUGUCAUAUUUGUCUUAUUUGAUAGUUCUUAAAACGCUGUCCAAACUUGCACCUUAAGAAUACAAGUUGGAUGUUAAAGCUUUCAUUUUUGUGCACAAGCCAAUUUUAAUGUGAUUCAAAAAACGAGCCUUCUUGCAUGCAAAAGCUAAAUUUUCAUGUUUAAUUUGCAGGGUUUUCAGAUUUGUUACACCAAUUUUAAUAUUUAAAGUUGCAACAAAUCAUGGAAUUUUCAGACUUAAAUUCUUAUCAUUUCAGGAAGUAGAAGUAUCAGAGAUUCUGAUACUCUCAGACUUACUAUUGUGGAAAUAUGCCAACAAUUGCAGAGAUCGAGUUGGUGUACAAUGUAUCAGAAAUUCUGAUACUUUCUAAGGCUUUUGUCCAGUAAAUAUCCCCAAAAAUGCAGAGUCUAAUGUCGAAAGUAUCAGAAAUUCUGAUACAUUCCAAGACAGCAGUGCAGAAAAUAUCCCUAAAAAUACGGAGUCUAAUGUCGAAAGUAUCAGAAAUUCUGAUACUUUGCAAGACAGCAGUGCAGAAAACAUCGCUAAAAAUACAGAGUCUAAUGUCGAAAGUAUAAGAAAUUCGGAUACUUUCUAAGGCUUCUGUGCAGAAAAUAUCGACAAAAAUGCAGAUUCUAAUGUCGAAAGUAUAAGAAAUUCUGAUAGUUUCGGAGCCUUUUAUAUGACAAAAAUUGCAGAAAUUCGAUGUCCAAGUUCACCUAUUUCACCUAUAUACUGAAACGCUUGAAGCAUACAUUUUAAAUAGUUACAUUUGUUACAUUUUAAAUAGUUUAUAAAGGCGCACUUUGUUUUCUGUGUAGUAUUUUUUUCAACAGGAAAGAAUGGCUCAGAGUAACAUUUCUGCUAGCCGAUUUAUUCAAGUAAAUAUAAUAAUUAUUUGUAUAUAAUACAUAUAUAUUUACUAAUGAUUUUGCCCAGAAAAGGUUGAGAUUCACCAGCAUAUAUCUGUAGUUGAAUAACGAUUGUUUUACGUGUCCAUUUUAUAAUUAUUCCAGCCACAUUUCUCACACCUGGCUAACUUUUGCUAACGGUAUGGUCUGAGAAAGGUCGGUAUUGCUCAAGUAACAGGUAGAAGAAUCUUGCCAUGUUAUAAUAGUUUUGUUUGUGGAAACACCACGUAAAUUUAUUACUGCAAAGCUUUCGAUCCGUAAGCCCGGAUCUUCAUCAGUGCUAAUAAUAUGAAAUAAUAAAGUAUAUAAUAAUAAUAUAUAAUAAUAAUAUAUCUUCAUAAUAAUAAUAUAUAAUAAUAAAAAAAUAGUAAUAUAAUAAUAAUAAUAUUUCUCUAAUAAUAUAUCUUCAUCAUAUUAUUAGCACUGAUGAAGAUCCGGGCUUACGGAUCGAAAGCUUUGCAGUAAUAAAUUUACGUGGUGUUUCCACAAACAAAACUAUUAUAUGUUUUAUCGCCAUGCAAACAUACAAAGAACUUAUUAUAUUGAUGUUGUUAACCGUUCAUUUUAAAAAUCCUACUUUUAGUCUUGCCUUUUAGCCUUGUUUCACAACCAUAAAAACCGUUAGAAAUUUGUUAUCAGUUUCUUUUAGUAUCUCUCCUAGUUUUAUGUUUUGAAGGAAGAGAGCUUUCGAUUGAACUCUCUCGUGUUAGUUGAAAGGAAAUAUCAGAAGAGUUUGUGGUCGCUGGAUUACGUUGACGUGGCUCUAACUUAACUCUACAAAAUCGCUUCAACCUUCCCUGUAAUAACUCUCGUUUUGUCAUACCCAACUAAUUUUAUAGAUCUUACACUAGCAGAGGAAGAGACAACGAAUAAGAAAGAGAUACGACUGUGUGAGGUAUGUGGUGUCUUUAAAUAUUACUGGUACUUUACACAGUAGAAACAUACAUUAAACGUCGACACACAAACCUUUCAAAUUUCAAAGCGAACUCUGAUACUUUCUAAGCCUUGUAUGCGCUAGGUAUCGCUAAAAAUGUAGAGUCUAAUAUCGAUAAUAUUAAUAUGUGUAUAUAUUGUAUAUAUAUAUAUAUAUAUAUAUAUAUAUAUAUAUAUAUAUAUAUAUAUAUAUAGUGCUCAAUACCAUGCAGUAUUAGUAGAGCUUUAUAAUUGUUUUGUCUAUACUUAAUAAAAUAAAGUCGCAACUCCGAGUUUCAAGCAUUUCGUGAAGUUGAUAUAGGCUAUAGGUUGAUGGCGUAGCUAUGGCAUCCCUCUGGGUCCUUUGUUUGCUAAUAUCUUUUUAUCUUUUGACAAAAGGAACUCGUGGGUCAACAACUUCCUUUCUGAAUUCAAGCCUCUUUUUUACAGCCGGUAUGUCGACGAUAACUUCCUCCUCUUUCGUUCUACAACUCACAUAUCUUCGCUCGUCGAUUACCUCAAUUUUCAACAGCCAUAUAUGACGAGAGCGAAUGAUAUAAUUGUUUUGUAAUAUGGUCUAAUAGCCAUUACCUGAAUCAAUAACUAAUUCUCCUCUGUUAUAGUAAGUGCUUGUUGACUGCAAACUCAUUUGUUUUUCGUUUCGAAUUUUUCGGAACAAUUUAUAUUCUCAAUGAACAUGUUCUUUUCGCUGUUGUGUCGGUAUUUAUUAUUUAAAAAAAUUGUAUUUACGUGAUAAAUCUAUCUUGCUAGCCUGUCAAAAUUGUUUGAGAGGUUUUUCUUGUUCGUUUAUCUUGUAGUUUUGUGCCGCCAUCUUAUUCGCUAGUCGCCGUUCGUGGGCUGAUAUACGGCGAGUAGCUCCACAGGGGGCCCCACUAAGAGUUAUGAUUGAAAUAAUAUUGUAUUUAUUUUUAAAAACCUGCUUGAAUCCCUUGAUAAUCGAUUAUUUCUUCUCUCGAAGUUCUGUAAACAUUUCGAACUGCUUGGAGUCAUUAUACUAUCACUCUACAUGACGUUUCACGAAGUAUAGAUGAUCGCUGACAAGUAAGAACGCGGGCGCGAAAAGACGAAGGCGGCGAAAGAAGGUAGAAUUAAACUAAAGGGUUGAAACUUCGGCGGGUCAUCGUUUGAUGUGUUCCAUAAGUAGGUUGUUCUCCGGCAAUUUCGCACGGGGCCCCAAUGUGAGUUAGGAUUGAAAAAAUAUUGUAUUUAUUUUUAAAAACGUACUUGAAUCCCUUGAUCAUCCAUUAUUUCUUCUCUCGAAGUUCUGUAAACCUUUUAAAUGGCUCGGACUCAUUAUACUUGACGUCACGAGAACAACCUACUUAUGGAACACAUUGUGCGAAAAAACCCUUCGAGUGUUUCAUGUAAAAACAUACGAAAAAACAAUCGUUUAUUGAAUCUACUACAUCAGUUGUGAAGAUAUAUCCAAAAAGACAUAGAAUCUGCAAAAAAAUAUUCGAAAACACAAAUAAAUUGUGAAUUUUAAGGCAUUUAGAAAUGUCAUCUAGUCGAAGUUUCAACCCUUUAGUUUAAUUCUACCUUCUUUCGCCGCCUUCGUCUUUUCGCGCCCGCGUUCUUACUUGUCAGCGAUCAUCUAUACUUCGUGAAACGUCAUGUAGAGUGAUAGUAUAAUGACUCCAAGCAGUUCGAAAUGUUUACAGAACUUCGAGAGAAGAAAUAAUCGAUUAUCAAGGGAUUCAAGUAGGUUUUUAAAAAUAAAUACAAUAUUAUUUCAAUCAUAACUCAUAGUGGGGCCCUCUGUGGUAGCUCAACCAAUUAGAUUGCAGAAUAGCUCACAUACAGUGGAUGACUAUAUAUUAGUUUAUAGCAUUUCUAAUUAUGUUUGUCACCUGAAAUUAUUCUUGACCCUUAACCUUUUCUUAAUCUCGAAAUUUUACCAAUAAAUAAAAAAUAUUAGAUUAUAAUACAGCCACGGUUCAAUGCGAAAUUUAGAAUAAAUAUAUUUUAAAUGUAAAUUUAUUUUGAUCUAGGUGAAAUGGCUGCUUAUCCGUGUCGUACCGUGUCUUGAAGUUUUCAUCCAGGCAAUAUUUUGA